UCCAUUUCUAAUAAUCCGCCAUAUUCAAACUUCCGCCGUGGUAUGUGUGCUGUUGUCAUCGAUCUUCUGUUUUCUUUGUAUACAUCAGGCCAGUUUUUAAACGCGUGGACUGAGCCUAUUGUCCGUUCAGUCGUAAGAACAUCUCGUUAACAGUGAUUUUGACAAAAGAGUGUCACAAAAUGGACGAAAACGGAGAAGUUAGCGGAGUAAUGGUGGAAAGCACUAAGCAGAAACUACGCAGGACGUCAUCAAGGAUCUCUACGACCAGUAUCAUCAGCGCUACAGAGUCUUCUCCUCAAAGACUGCGUAUAAACAACUCCAAAAAACCUCCACUGCAGAGAGGCAGCUCCUUUACGUUCCUCACUCCAGGGACUCCGUGGGACUUCAGUCUAAAAAGAAAGCGCAAAGAGAAGGAGGAUGACUCCGUCAGUCUGUCCAGUUUUGACCUCAAGGAACCCAGUAACAAGCGUGUGCGACCGCUGGCCAAAGUUUCCUCCCUCGUCAACCUGAUAUCUCCUUCAAAGAAUGGGGCGGUGCGGCGCUUCGGCCAGACCAUGCAGUCAAUGUCAUUGCGUGGUGAUACCAAGUCACCAGGGAUGACUCUCAAAGCUGGCAGCAAGGCUUCAGGUCCAACCCCGACUAAACGCAGGAACAGCACGCUGUGGUCCGAGACGCUGGGCAUCCAUCAGAAGAGCACCUUCUCUACCAAAGAAAUCAAGCGGCAAGAGGCAAUUUAUGAACUUUACAGGGGAGAGCAGGAUCUCAUUGAGGAUCUUCAACUUGCACGAAAGGCAUACCACGAUCCGAUGCUAAAGCUCUCCAUCAUAACUGAGGAGGAACUAUCUCAAAUUUUUGGUGACCUGGAUGCUUAUAUUCCCCUGCACGAGGACUUACUUAUAAAGCUGACACAGGGAACUGGCCCUGAUGGGACAGUAGCUCAGAUCGGACAGAUAGUAAUAGACUGGCUACCUGGUCUAAAUGCUUAUAAAAACUACUGUAGCAACCAGCUUGCAGCCAAAGCUCUUCUGGACCAGAAGAAACAGGACAGGCGGGUUCAGGACUUCCUGCAGCGCUGUCUGGAGUCACCCUUCAGCAGGAAGUUGGACCUAUGGAGCUUCCUGGACAUUCCACGCUCCCGCCUGGUGAAAUACCCACUGCUGCUGCGAGAGAUCCUCAGACACACUCCUCCGGAUCACCCCGAUGUUACCAACCUGGAGAGAGCUAUCACUAUAAUCCAGGAGAUUCUGUCUGAUAUUAACGUGAGAAAAGGAGAGUCUGAGUGCCAGUAUUACAUUGACAAACUUGAGUUUCUGGAUGAAAAGCAGCGGGACCCUCUCAUAGAUGAGUGUAAGACCUUGCUGUGUCAUGGUGAGCUGCGGACUAAAAGCGGUUCAAGGCUGCAUGUGUUCCUCUUCUCUGAGCUGCUGGUUCUGACCCGACCAGUGACGCGUAACGACAGGAGCUGCUUCCAGGUGUAUCGACAGCCCAUCCCGGUGCGUGACCUGGCUCUGGAAGACCUGCAGGAUGGAGAGAUCCGCAUGGGGGGCUCCUUCAGGGGGGCCUUCACCAACGGAGAGAAGGCCAAGAACAUUUUCCGUGUGAGCUCCAUGGAUCCAUUGCAUUGCCAGUCCCACACCCUGCAUGUCAGUGAUGUCUACCACAAGCAGCAGUGGCUAAACUGUCUGCGCACCGCAAUGGCCCAACAGCAGGGGGAUCCACUCAGAGCUCAGCAAGGGGAAUCCAAACGGGUAAAACGCAGCUCCUCUGUUAUCUCAGCCAGGAUCUGUGAGGAAGAGACAGACGCGAACUGUCCACCUGCCUCUGGCCAUAAACUCAGGCCUCAGACACUCUCCAAAACCAGACUGGGACAGAAGUUACAAGGAUCACAAAAGAGGAAGGAAACUGGAGUGUAGAUGUAGAAUCAGGGUUCAGACACAUUCUUAGCCUGCGUUCUGUUUGAUCAUGUUCGUCUGUCAGCAGAUUUUCUAGCAGCCACUCUUUAUUAUGCCGUCUUUCUAGCUGCACUGGAAAACUUUCACAAUCACUUCCGUCCAGUUUUGUGUAUCAAGUUUUCGUCUUUAAAAUGUGUAAUUAGUUUACAAAAAAAGUGUUAUGUGCCACUAAAUGUGUGUGGAAUUCAGACUUUGUGUACUUUAAAAUAAAUUUAAAAAAAGAAAAAACUUUACACCAACUGUAGCUCUUUAUUUUUAUUCAAUCGUUGGUGUUUUUAAACUGUCUCAGUAAAAUGUGUGAAGUUAAUUUCUAAUUAUUAUCUGUGUGAAGAUAAGGAACCAGCCAACUGAAAUAUUGCGACAUUGGUGCUGUUAACAGGAAGCAGAUUUUAUGACAUCGAACUGAACGUGUCAGACAUUUGAUACAAGAUACUGACCAAAACAUAAGCGAGAGGACUGACAAAUGCUAAAGUAAGAAAGAUCUUUUCGUGGGAAACCGUAUCAAAUUACUGUAAAUGUAUUCAGUGGAAAUCUGUCAGUUGGAGGGGGGAGGGGAAGUAAAACAAGGU